CUUCCCCUCCAAGUAAACUGCGUGCUCUCCGACGCCAGUCAGUGGGCUGGUUCAGCCGUGUGACUCCAUGUGACUUAGGGCCUGGUUGCGCGCAGUGGUCGUUCUGAAGUGGUUGUUGAAUGAAUGAAGAAAUGGAUGCCAAGGAAAGACCCCGUCUACAGGAAGUUGAUUCUCUCUCAGCCUUCACCCUUCACGUUCAGAAUUCUUUCUGGAGCAUCUCAUUUCUUCUUCUCGACAGUUCUUUCUGUGUGGUGAUUAUUCUUUAUGCUGCAGAUGAGGGAACAGGGGCUCAGAGAAGUUGUUGAGCCUUAAUUAGGGAAUGGCAGAGCAGGACCUCAAAUCCAGGCCUUUGGAACCCUCAUUAAUGAGAUGGGGUAUGUGAGGUGUGAGUACAUUGUGAGCAUUCGAAAAAGAGUAGCCCUUUAUUCCAGGAGGGGUCUGUGUCCGGUGCAUCUUCCCCCCGUUUCUUAGAAUGGAGUCUGCUACGUGGUAAACUAGAAGGCGAACAGUUGAUUGAAUUAAUGAACAUACAGGCGGGCUCCAAAAAGUUGGUUUCUCUGCCUCUUGCCGUAUUCUUCCCAUCGAAACGGUAACACCUCCUAAUGCCGUCUCGGUAUUCUCUGUAGUCACUCACCCAUGACAGUCUUGUCCAGAACUUUUUUUUUUUUUCUCCUGGGUAAACUUAAGUCCAAAGGCAGAACCUAUAGCACUCUCUUUGUAGCACUACCCUAAAUGCACCUUUCCAGAUGCCGCUUGCGCUCAGCCUCUUCGAUGCUGCCCUCGUUCUUGUCCUAGGUCGUCGGGUAUAGUCCUUUUCGGCUUCUCAAUCCCUUGUUCUUGAUUCUGACAUCCAAAGAGUUUUGAAGACCAGUUUUUCCCUCAACUCAUUUGGCCGCAAGACCUGAAUUGAAGCGAGCCAUUUGUCUUCAUUUAUUCCAAAUAUGAACAAGUUUUUGCAGUCAUGUUAAUGUUUGUUUGUUCCGAGCGCCCCCCCCCCCCCCACCUUACUGUGGUUAUCAUGUGACUUAUGGUAGAGGCACCGCAUUACCCUUCAAAAGUCUGAGAAAAAACCUUGGGUUUGAAUUCCAUAAUGUCCCUUGAUAGCUUACAUGAUUUCCUGUUGUGAUUAAGGUAAAGUUGGGGGAGGAAACAGCGUUUGCCAAAGUAUUGUGGAAGUGGGUAACUCUAAAAAGAGAACCAAGAGACUUUUUCUACCUCAUCCUGUUGUUUAUUUUGGAAUUAUUUAAGGAAAAAAGCCCCUUAACCAGACACUGGUUUUUGCGUGUUGGGAUCAUGUUUUAGAUUUCUUAUGUCAUCCACAAAGCAGUACCAAUGGUAGAUACUCAAGAAAUACUUACUGAUUAAUUUGAAAAGAUUUGCUCCACACUCUAGGAUUUUACUCGACAAUUACAGGACUUUAAUAUAUUUUUCUAAAUAUCAUGCUUAUAAUCCAAAACUGUGGAACCAGUGCAGGUUUAUCCCAAAGCAGAGUCACUCAGUCAUUUGGGGAUUCACUCAACACCUGUUUCUCGAGUAUCUACUAUGUUCUAGGUACCUGUUGGGCAAUAGGAUUAUACUGCCUUGUAAAUAAGAUGGUCAUGGUCCCUGCCGUCACGGAGCUUCUAAUCUGGUGGUGAAGAAAGCAAAUGACAAGUGCACAAGUACAGAUCGUGGAAAUUGAUGCCUCGUCAAAAUGGAGAUUAAUCAUUUGUGUUUGGGAGCAGCAGAACGGGGGGCCAGUUACCUCUCAAUUUUAUAAACCAAUUAUAUGAACUCCUUUUCCGUUGCUCACACCCCCAUCCCACCUUCAAACUUCUUACCGAUGGCAUUCAGGAGGCAAGUGAAAAACUUCAUGAAGAAUUACUCAGAUGCCGAAAUAAAAGUCAGGGAAGCAACUUCCAAUGACCCUUGGGGUCCUUCGAGUUCUCUCAUGUUAGAUAUCAGUGACCUGACUUUCAACACAAUUUCUCUGUCAGAGAUUAUGAAUAUUCUAUGGCAGAGACUCGGUGACCAUGGGAAGAGCUGGCGUCAUGUGUAUAAAUCCCUUACGUUCAUGGAUUAUCUCAUCAAGAAUGGAUCAAAGAAAGUUAUCCAGCAUUGCAGAGAGGGGUUCCGUAAACUUCAGACACUAAAAGAUUUUCAACACGUAGACGAAGCUGGAAAAGACCAAGGCUAUCAUAUCUGGGAAAAGUCUAAGCAAGUCAUGACACUGCUGGUGGAUGAAGAGCUGCUGCGCAGAGAGAGGGAGGCAGCGUGUCGGACGAGGCAGCGAACCUCCCACUCCGUGACAUUUCCUAAAAGAUUACCUGGUACGGCUAACACCCCAGCAGUAUGUGCCUCUGCCCACACACCAGAAAUCCCUGCCUUGGAGAGGAAACGUAAGCUUCUUAAGGUUGCAAGGCAACGUAAUGCAAAAAACGCCUCCAAGGCGGGAUUGAAACAGGAGCACCGCCAAGACAUCCAAUUGCCUGGUGGGACUGUGUUGUCCCAGGAAACACCAGCAGUCAAGACGAAUGUUUGGAAAUCAACAGAGGACCUGAUGUUAUUUUAUGAGGAUGAUCCAAAGCCAGUUUUGCCCACACUUCCUCCUUCCAUUACCUCAUCAACUAAAUGGUUAUCAGAAGAGCAAGCAGACGUUUGUCACCUCUGCGAUGCAGACGCUGUGCCUACCCCCUCAGAAGAAAGCCCAUCUCUGCAGACCAAUGUGAGUUUGGACAAGAAACCAGACAGCAGUACCAUCACAAAUACCGUAACCGAAAGCCCUUUGCAAACGCCUCUGGAAAAGCAGUCAGCUGCAGAAAGCUUUGACACAUUGACAACUUCACCAUCGUUUUGGUCAUCGAAUAAGGAAGAGUUUGUCAGCCCUAAUUUAAGGAUGUCAAAGUCAGAUUCUACCUUCUGUAACCAGGCCUCUGUAGAGACGCUCUAUGUCUCUCCUUCAUUCAAAACAUUGGACCCAGUGAAGGAGGUGGUAAGCAACAAGGACUGCCAGAAGCCAACACGAUCCAGCAUUGUUCACGUGGAUGAGGAAAACCUCAAGACUGCAACCACAUGGGUUUCAACCACCUCUGAAGGAACGUCCUCCUUUUCUACUUUAUCCAUGCCGUCUCCCGACUCAGCCUCUCCGGAGACGUCUGUUCAUCUCCUACCCCGCAUUUUGGCGGGACCUUCCUUCUGGUCUCUGGCCCAGCAACGGUCUUCUUCCGCCUCCUUUAAAGAUGAAGAUGAGACGGCCGGGGCUCACCACCCCUUUGCUCCUAGGGACCGAGCAUCUUCUGAUGAAGAGGAGAACGACAACGUCCAUCUGCUGGAGAGUCUUCCGGAUAACUCUGAGUCUGCUAAAGAGCAGACAAGUCCUGCUUCUGCCAGUAACUGGGCAGAGUCUUCCACCCCCAGGGCAGACCACGUCACCUCUGUGUCCUGUCUGAGUUUUCAGACACCUGCCGGCCUGCCGGGGGAGCCUGAAACAAACGAUUCCAUUAAAACUCUCCUAGGGGAGGUGAAAAAUGCCAUAGUGAAACUACACGAAGACCUGAGCACGGUGAUAAGAGAACUUAACGUCAUCAAUAGCCAUCUGGUGAGCAUGAGUGGGAACAGUCUGCAGCUAAAGUCUUCCCAACUUCCCCAGUCUUCCGAGGGGACCUCAGAUCACAUGUAACAAGCCCGAGGGCCCCUGUCGGUAGAACUCAUGUGGUUCCACCUCCCGAAGGCCUAAGUUAGCCUUUUGCAGAUUCUCAUCCUUCCGGCAAAAAUGGGGUGGUGGUUGGAUUUUCCCUUGUCAGGCUUAUUAACAAAUAUCUUUCAAACCACUAAACUCAUUUGGGUGGUUUCUUUUUUAAAGAGGAAAAAGCAUCACCUUUGAUAAUAUUUUCAGAUUCAGCUACAAACUGUUUUUCAUUUGACACUGAAGAGAAUUUCUUUCUUCCACACCCUGGACUUCACCUCAAAAUAUAUUAAGCGUUAGUGGAAGCUGUGGCAAGACCUCAGACUGCAAAUGGCUCUUCCAGAGCUUUUGGAUGAGCAGGUGGUAAGAAGGCCUUCAGAGCCUGGGGUUGCUGUUCCGUCUGCUCGUGCCAGGUUUCAGACUCUGCAAACAAAGGACCGGCAAUCUUUCCCUUCCUGUGGCUGCCACCAUUGGUUGGGGGGUUAAGCUGAGACAGGUGGGACAUGGGACAGGUGUUUUCAUUGCUAAUGUUUAUUGCAAAGUGAAUUCAAAUGCAUCCUUUGGUUGUAUUUGGAAAAUAAAUUUGAUAUUUUUCAUCUUC